AUGGCGGCUUCUGAAAAUAAUGGUAGUGAUGAAGAUYUGGAGACGGAUGCUCCUGUUACCCAUACAAAGGAGCAUUUCUCUGAGGUUCAAGAAGUAACAAGUAUUAUAUCAUCUAUUGAGCCAAUUUGCGACYAAGAAAUUCUACUAGAAGCUGCGGCGGAAAGGCUAUUAGUCAUUCUAGACCAAUACCAAGAACAACCUCAUCUUCUUGAUCCCUACUUAGAAAAUCUUGUGUCAAAACUUCUAAGCACAGUUAUGAAUCCUGCCUAUCCACCAAGAAUGAUUCACCAAGCUUUCAAGUAUAUCUAUUAUUUCUCUAAGGUAAGAGGUCCAAAGUAUAUAGUUCGUCUGUUCACUCAUGAAGUCUCUGAUAUUGAACCUUUACUGACGAUGCUCAAGCAACAAGACAUUAAAGACCACCAAACAUGGGAGACACGCUAUGUUCUGCUACUAUGGCUCUCUAUUGCUUGCAUGAUACCCUUUGAUAUGUCCAGACUUGAUGGUACAUUUGGAUCUGGAAAGGGUGAAAGAAGACYACCAGUGGUUGAUAGAAUUAUGAAUGCUGCUAAGGAUUAUUUAUGUGUCCCUGAUAAAUCAAGAGAUGCUGCUGCAUUACUGCUUGCAAAGUUUGUCACAAGACCAGAUGUCAAGAGGCAGAAGCURGCUGAGUUCAUAGAUUGGUGUUUAUGCAGCAUCAAUGAUGCCCAAGGCUCAACAAUGACAGGAAUGCUUACUUUGACUGGUGUUCUAGCUACUUUGGCUCUGAUAUUCAAACAUGGAAAAAGAGAUGAUCUUAUGCCAUAUGCCCCUGUUGUGCUCAAACAGAUUGGCAAGUGUGAGAUAACACAGAUSAAUAACACAGUACUGAGAAAGCUGAAUAUAAAACUCAUUCAGCGUCUUGGUCUUACCUUUCUGAAACCUCGCAUUGCAUCAUGGAGGUACCAGAGAGGGAGUAGGUCUUUGGCUGUAAAUUUAGAAAAGCAAAAUAAUACACUAGAGAAAAAUAAAGGUGUAGAAAACUCUAAAAAAGAUGAUGAAGAAGAAUACGAUAUUCCUGAAGAACUUGAAGAUAUAAUAGAGCAAUUGUUACUUGGACUUAAAGACAAAGAUACAGUAGUGCGAUGGUCUGCUGCUAAAGGAGUUGGUCGUAUUACUGGAAGACUACCAAAGGAUCUUGCAGAUGAAGUUGUUGAAGGUGUGCUUGAAUUAUUUAGAUUUACCGAAACAGAUGGAUCUUGGCAUGGAGGUUGCUUAGCGCUAGCAGAACUUGGUCGACGAGGUCUUCUUUUACCUCAGAGGCUACCUGAAGUUGUCCCUGUGGUCCUGAAAGCCCUGUCGUAUGAUGAUAGGAGGGGUUCUUACAGRGUAGGGAGUCAUGUUCGUGAUGGUGCAUGUUAUGUCUGUUGGUCAUUUGCUCGUGCAUAUGACCCUAAAGAAAUUACUCCACAUGUCAAUCAGCUAGCAAGUGCCCUGAUUAUUGCAGCUUUAUUUGAUCGGGAAGUCAACUGUAGAAGAGCAGCAUCAGCUUCAUURCAAGAGAAUGUUGGACGCCUGGGGACAUUUCCACAUGGCAUUGAUAUUUUGACUGCUGCAGAUUACCAUGCAGUUGGAAACAGAACAAARACAUAUUUGAACCUCAGUGUGUUUGUUGCAAAGUUUGAGGUGUACACAAAAUCAAUGAUUGACAAUCUUGUGUACCAAAAACUCCAGCAUUGGGAUGGAGCUAUCAGAGAACUUGCAGCUAAAGCUUUYCAWAAUCUUACUCCUUUUGACCCAGAAUACAUGGCUGACACUGUUCUUCCUAAAGUCCUGUCCAUGACAAGUAGUAUUGAUUUAUUCACACGUCAUGGUAGCAUACUUGCUUGUGCUGAAAUAAUCCAUGCUCUUUAUCUGUAUGGAAUUGCCAAUCAAAAAACAAUCAAUGAUUUAGUACCUGAGUCAGUAAUGAAUGAUUUGAAAAAUAUUGUACCUAAACUACAUUCAGCAAAACAGUUCAGGGGCAUGGGUGGCGAAUACAUGAGAAAUGGAGUUGCUCAUUUAAUUAAGAAGCUAUCAAUCUCACAUAUUCCUUGGCACAGUGAUCCUGUUUUGGAAAUUUGGCAGGAAGUUCUUGAUGACAGUUUAUCCCACACAGAACCAGUUAUUCAGGCUACUGCUGUAGAUGGAUUGAGUGCAAUGUUUUCUGAGUAUUAUAAAGAUUCUGAUGGCAAACCUGUCAUGCAAGAUAAGAUUAUUAACCAGUAUAUAAGUCAGCUUGGUAGUGCAUCGCAGUUUACCAGGYCAGGGUUUUCAAUGGCAUUUGGUAUUCUUCCUAAGUUUAUGCUAAGAGGAAAGCUAAUGCAAGUAAUUGAGGGUCUUUGUAAAGCCUCUCAAGUUGGUACAGACUCUGGAAUAUUCGCUGAGUCAAGAAGAGAAGCACUUUUAUCACUGGGCAGCAUUGRAUGUACUGUUGGUAUAAAUAAAGAUGGCGAUCGUAAUGAUACAAUAACACAGACAAGUUUAGGUCAAGUAUACAAGGCCUUCCUUGAUGCCAUGAAUGARUACACUACUGAUAGCAGAGGAGAUGUWGGAGCUUGGGCAAGAGAAGCUAGRAUGACUGGGCUGGAGAAYSUCACURUACUUGCUGUYAACACAGACCCAASKUUGCUGCAAAGUGAAAUAAUUGAGCAAAUGAUGCAAAGUCUUGCUCAACAAGCAUCYGAGAAGAUUGACAGAACAAGGGCACACGCUGGUGGAAUAUUUGCUAAAUUAAUUCAYUAUAAAAAUCCUGUCAUUCCUUACAUUCCUCACCAUGAAGAACUWCGAAAUGAUGACUGUUCAGAUGUCAAUUUUGCUGUCCCAUCAGAGUGUUUUCCUUACGUUACAAAGCUUCURGGUCUUGAGAAGUUUCGCUAUCCUGUCUUAGUUGGGCUGACAGUCAGUGUUGGUGGCCUGACAGAAUCACUGGUCCGCCAUUCAUCCACAUCUCUUUUAAGUUUUCUCAAAACCAUCACUUCUAAUAAACAAGAAUUAAAUYUAUUUGCUAAUACAACUCUAGAAGUAUAUGAAAAUCACAGAAAGAAUGACAGAGUAAUCAUCCCGUUGUUCAAGAUGCUUGAUCUGUUAUUGUCAAACAACUGCUUUGAGRUAUUCAUGAGUAAUGAAGAUCACGUCUUUCCUCAAAGACUUGUWGCUCUUACCAAAGAAGAAAUCAGGCGUAUUGGUGACCCUAGAAAAAUUAUUGCAAGUAUCAAUGUUUUUUGUCAGCUGCUGCAGUUCCCAGGAAAGACCAGGAAACAGUCAUUACAGCAUCUCAACAUUUUACUUUGUCAUCAAUUUCCAAGGAUUCGCAAGACUACAGCAGAUCAGCUCUAUACAACAUUACUAAUGUUUGAUGAUGUUGUGCCUGAAGAUAAACUUGAUGAUAUAAUGAUGAUACUUAGCGAGACAAUGUGGGACUUAGAAAUCGAAAAUGCUAGAAACGAGAGAAACAAAAUKUGRGAUUUGCUUGGAAUUCCUAAGCCAGUGCUUAAGUCAAAGACAAAGCAAGACAAGCAGCCAGAGAAGCCACAAGAUGCAUUAGACAGCUAUAAAGAUCUUGUGGCYCGCUCUGACUAUUAGAGAUCACUGGAAUGGAAKWAAUCUAUUUUCUUGUAAAAGGUUGCAAGUUGAGUGACUGCUGUUCAGCCCCASAAUACAACAGUAGAACUUUAAGAAUAACAGUCAUGUAUAGUGUAGAAUUWACAAUUCAAAUAUACAAUUGUUUUUUAUUUAUUAUCAAAAUAUAUAUACCAAUGUUUAAAUAAAAAUAUGAAAGUGCAA